AUGUUGAAGAACUUCUUGGCCAUCGGUGCUCUUUGUGCAUCAGUUAUUUCCGCUUCGCCCGUCACGGUGAAAAGGGAUGAUUUCGGGUUGGAAUGGAUCUCUAAAGAUUCUUCUUUACCCAAGGUUGUCCUCUACAACACUGGUGGUACAAUCGUCUCCACGUCCAACUACUCAACGAUCGACAACGUAAAUUACGGUUCUGGACCUCGUGUGUUGCCCGAAUACCUGAUCGGCAACUACAGUGUCAUUUUGGAGAAAGCUCAAAUCGCCAUUGUCGACAUGUCUAAAGCUGGUGGUUCAUCCAACUUGAACUCGACCUUGUACUUCAACGUCUCGAGAGCUGCCAACGAGCACUUGUGUUCUGAGGGAAGUGAUAUCGAUGGAGCUGUCAUGUUCCACGGUACUAACACUGAAGAAGAUACUUAUUUCGGUGUCGACCUCACCCUAAACUGUUCCAAGCCAUUCGUAGCUACCGGAGCUAUGCGACCCGAAUCAUACAUUUCCAACGACGGUCCAUCCAAUUUCUACCAAGCCGUCGCGGUCGCUGCUGAUCCCAAGGCAAGAGAUAGAGGAGCUCUCGUGGUGUUCAAUGAUAGGAUCUCGUCUGCCUUUUACACUAUCAAGACCAACGGUAACACCCCCGAUACGUUCAAGGCUCUGGAACAAGGUAAUCUAGGUGCGAUGUUGGGCGGUCAACCAUAUUGGUUCUUCACUCCUUCAUACCCUGUUGCCAGGUAUCACUUUGAUAUUUCCAGUAUGGACAGUGGAGAGGAUUUACCACAUGUAGUCGUAUUGUUCGGUUCUCAGGGCUUCGAUACUUCUCUCAUGUAUGCUGCAGUAGCCAACGGGGCCAAGGGAAUCGUCAUCAUGGGUGCAGGCGCAGGUCAACUAUCAACAGCAGCAGCUACCGUCGCAGGUGAAUUGAAAGCUCAAGGUGUCCCAGUCGUCGCUUCCCUUCGACCAGUUACCGGUGCUUCCCCACCUAAGCCAUACGAACAAAACUACAUCUCAUCAGGAUACAUGCAAGCUGGUAAAGCCCGAAUCCAACUUCAACUGUGUCUCGCCACCGGUAUGGGCUGGGAAGGGUGUAGGAAUGUCUUUGAGAAAGAUAUGAGAGAGGUUAUCUAUAACGAGUCUACCGAGUACUACUUCUCAUAA